AAUAUCGGGUAAAUAUUAUUUUAUUGUAAUUUUUAGUUCCACUGACAGAUAAAUUAACUAAAUAAAAGGUAAUAUGUCUGGUUAUUACAUUAAUACAUUUUAAUAAAUAUUUAUGAAAAAUGUUUGCAUCUGAAUUUGCUUUUUCCCGGGAAAGGGUUAACGUCCAUGUAACACUAACCCAAACGUCGCUAUAAAUAGAGAUCCAUCUUCCCCCACACCCGUCAAACCCAUCUUCUUCCUCUCCAUCGUUCACCUAAACUCUUUUUUUAUUACCCCAGACCCAAAGAAAAAAACUCUUCCUUCUUGAGACAAAAGAUCCACUCUUUGAAACCCUCCUAGAUCGUGCGAUUUAGCAACAACGAUUUAGAAAAAUGGAGCAGAAGAGCGUAUUAUUGUCAGCUUUAGGUGUUGGUGUUGGUUUAGGGAUAGGGUUGGCAUCGGGUCAGAGUUUGGGUAGAUGGGCAAACGGGUCGGGUUCGGUCGAGGACGGACUCACCGGAGAACAGAUGGAGCAAGAGUUGGUGAGACAGAUUGUUGAUGGGAGAGAGAGUACUGUCACUUUCGAUGAGUUUCCGUAUUUCUUAAGCGAGAGAACUCGGGUGUUGUUGACAAGUGCAGCUUACGUUCAUCUAAAAGAGUUAGAAAUCUCAAAGCACACUCGGAAUCUUGCACCUGCAAGUAAAGCAAUUCUACUUUCAGGUCCUGCGGAGUUCUAUCAGCAAAUGCUUGCAAAAGCUUUGUCUCAUUACUGUGAAUCAAAGCUAUUGUUGUUAGAUAUAACUGAUUUCUCCAUUAAGAUACAAAGUAAAUACGGAUGCACAAAGAGAAAACCUCUUCACAAGAGGUCUAUUUCUGAGUUAACAUUAGACAAGAUGUCGAGUUUGAUGGGUUCCUUCUCUAUGCUCUCUCAAUUCGAAGUUGAACCAAGAGGAGCAUUGCGUCGAGACACCAGUGGAAAUGUUCUUAAAUCAAGUAGUUUGGAUAGCUCAAGUCUUCCUCCAAGACACAAGAGAAAUGCUAUUUCUACUUCGAAUUCUGUUACAGCUUCCAGCAAACGCAGCACAAAUCUAUGCUUAGACGAGAAACUUUUCUUGCAAUCACUUUACAAGGUAGUGGUCUUUGUAUCGAAAACAAAUCCUCUAAUCAUAUACCUCAGGGACGUUGAGAAGCUUCUUGAGUCAGAAAGAUUCUACAAGUUGUUCCAGAUUCUCUUGAACAAGAUCUCUGGUCCUGUCUUGAUUCUUGGCUCAAUGGUAUUAGAACCUGAAGAUGAUUGUCAAGAAGUAAGUGAAGGGGUCACCGCUCUGUUUCCUUACAACAUCGAAAUCAGACCACCUGAGGAUGAAUCUCAGCUCGUGAGCUGGAAGAAUCGUUUAGAAGAUGACAUGAAGAUGAUUCAGUUCCGAGACAACAAGAACCACAUCGCAGAGGUUCUUGCUGCUAAUGAUAUCCAAUGCGAUGACUUAGCUUCGAUAUGCCAUGCUGAUACAAUGUGUUUGAGCAACCACAUUGAGCAGAUUGUGGUUUCUGCAAUAUCUUAUCAUUUGAUACACACCAAAGAACCUGAAUACAGAAAUGGAAAGCUUGUUAUAUCUUCUAAAAGCUUGUCUCAUGGACUGAGUAUAUUCCAAGAAGGUGGAAGCAGAUCAUCUGAAGACUCCUUAAAGCUAGACACAAACACUGACUCUAAGAGAAAAGGAGGAGAGGUAUGUUCAAAGAGCGAGUCAAAACCUGAAUCAUAUUCUCCUGAAAACAAAAAUGAGCUGGAAAAAUCGCUUCCUUCAAACAAGAAUGACAAUCCGUUGCCUCCAAAAGCACCUGAGGUUGUUCCUGACAAUGAGUUUGAGAAGCGUAUAAGACCAGAGGUCAUACCAGCAGAUGAGAUCGGUGUGACGUUUGCAGACAUUGGUUCAUUAGACGAAACAAAAGAUUCGCUUCAAGAGCUUGUAAUGCUUCCACUUAGAAGACCUGAUCUCUUCAAAGGCGGUCUUCUUAAGCCAUGUAGAGGAAUCCUUCUGUUUGGACCGCCUGGUACUGGCAAAACAAUGUUAGCAAAGGCCAUUGCAAAUGAAGCUGGAGCAAGUUUCAUCAAUGUCUCCAUGUCUACAAUCACUUCAAAAUGGUUUGGAGAAGACGAGAAGAACGUGAGAGCUUUGUUUACUUUAGCAGCCAAAGUGUCUCCAACGAUUAUAUUUGUGGAUGAAGUGGAUAGUAUGUUGGGGCAAAGAACAAGAGUUGGAGAGCAUGAAGCAAUGAGGAAGAUCAAGAAUGAGUUUAUGACGCAUUGGGAUGGGCUUAUGACGAAACCUGGUGAAAGGAUUUUGGUUCUUGCAGCAACAAAUAGACCCUUUGAUCUUGAUGAAGCUAUCAUAAGGAGGUUUGAGAGAAGAAUAAUGGUUGGACUUCCUUCUACUGAGAGCAGAGAGAAGAUCUUGAGAACAUUGUUGUCCAAAGAGAAGACAGAUGAUCUUGACUUCAAUGAGCUUGGACAGAUGACAGAAGGUUACAGUGGAAGUGAUCUCAAGAACUUAUGCAUUACAGCUGCAUAUAGACCGGUUAGAGAGCUAAUUCAACAGGAAAGAUUGAAAGAUCAGGAGAAGAAGAAGAGAGAAGAAGCAGGAAAAAGCGCGGAAGAAUCAAAAGAAAAAGAAGAUGAAGCUUGUGAGGAGAAAGAGAUUAUUUUGAGACCUUUGAACAUGGAAGACAUGAGAAAAGCUAAAACCCAGGUGGCGGCGAGUUUUGCGUCGGAAGGAUCUGGAAUGAAUUAGCUGAAGCAAUGGAAUGAUUUGUAUGGAGAAGGAGGCUCAAGGAAAAAGGAACCGCUCACUUAUUUCCUCUGAAAAAAUGCAAAGCCAUAAAAUUUGUGAAUGCAUGUUUCUUGGUGCACAAGAUAUCAAACUGAUCGGUUUGGUCUUUGGCAAAUCAAAUACAAAGAGUCUUUUUUCAGUUGUUAGGUUAUUCCAUUUUUAGAUAAUAUUUUUUAGAAAUUUCCUCAAAACCGUGAUUUUUUUCUUCUGUCA